AUGCUUCCUAAUGCUAAAAUAUCCAAUAUACCUUUAUCUGAAAAGAAAGGUUUGAAAUCCUCUUCGCUUGCUAUAUCAUCUUGUUUCAGUGAUGAUUUGGGUAAAGGAUUGUUGUAUGAACCUGUGAAUAAGCAGGCAGGGGAUCCACUCCCAAAAAGUGCUAAUGCAGUAAGUUCGAUUCUUGGCAGUGAAAAUGCUUACUUUGGUAUAGGAAGUAACACAUCUGGAAAGACUUCCUUUAAGAAGCCGGAAUGCAAGGAAAUACAGGACUUGAAAUCCUUGCUGAUGCAGAAUGUGAUUUGUGAAGACAGCAUUUCUUCAGAUACUUACGAUUGUCAUAGUAAUGCAAAUUUUGGUAGUCCUCAUGGUUUAGCAAGUCCUUUAGGAAAAUUAGCUCUUGAUUCUGGAGUCAGUCAUCCUGUAAAUAGAAGGAAUGAACUUGAAAAUUUGUCUUUGCUUAAACAAGAUAGAAAACAGGAAAGUCCCUCUUUAGCGAUGGCCGCUUUGCCAGUGUCCAAGUCUGGAGGUGCCUCACUGGCUGACUUGCUUCAGGCGCACCAGGAAAGCAGUGCAACCUGCUGUUAUUCUUUGGCUGAUCUUUAUGCCCAGUCAACAGCGAGUCUCACGGAUAUGAAAUUGGGAACCUCAUCAUUAUCACAACUAGUAAGUCAACCUCAAACUUCAGGUGUGAUACCAGAACUAACAGAAUCGUUGUCUUCUCUAGCCCUCUCCAAAGUUUCUCCAGUGAAGGAUUUUGAGAGUUUGUCACUGUCAGAUUUAAUUGCGGAGACUAUUGAAGUAGAUAAAACUCAACAAGGAAAGGACUUCAUGCAAAGUGUAACUGAGGUGAAGCCUUCUAAAAGAGCAAAAAUUGACUUAAGUAGCACUAUAAAAAAAGCAGAUACAUCAGUAGAACAAAAUGCAAGGCAGGAUUUGACCCCUUCAUGGGUGAAGGCGCUGCAUGCGAGACCUUCACCUUUCGCUUUAACCUUGUGUCUCUGUUACCCGCCAAAAGGUUAUAAGCGGCGUGUGGUGGGUGUGCAUAAAGCUUUCCUAUACAGUAGACAAGUGCAAGAAGUGAAACCCGAGGAAACUGGUCCUGUAGUAGCCAUAACGCCCUUUGACUUCCAAUCAGCCUCUCCUGAUGAUAUUGUGAAAGCCAAACAAAAAAAAGCUUUUAUAAGAGAGUAGUACAAAACAUGGGAAGGAAUCAGUGCUUAUGUCUUUGUAUCUUAAAAAAAUCAAGAAAUAAAUUUUAUAUGGAAUCUAUUUAUAGUCCAGAAUUAAAAUUGUUUAU